AUUAUUGGAGGAGAGAGAGAAAGAGGGAGGGAGAGAGGGAAUAAGAACAGGAGGAGGGGAAAGAGGAGGAAGGGAGCUCCUGGUUGCUUCUUGUUGCCCAAGCGUCUGUGCUGGCUGAAGGGUGAGACACAGGGCAGCACUGGGGAGGCUGUUUCUGAGCUGGGCAGAACAAGAGAGAGAGAGAGAGAUCAUCCGCUUGAAGGAAGGCUCACACUGAGAGACGAGCGCACACGCGCGUGUGAGUGAGUGAGUGUGCGUGUGUGCGUGUGUAUGUGUGCACUCUGUGACCGCCUGCCUCAUUUCGUGUGGGCGUGUGUGCAUGCGUGUGUGUGUGUGUGUCUGUGCGUGUGUUACGUAUACGUGUGCGUGUCGCACGUGCGCGUUUAUGUGUGAGAGGCAGACGCAGCGACGGAGGGGACGCGUGAUAAAUACUUCACAAGGCUGCGCGUGUUUGGCGUCAGAGAGGGAGGACACACACGCACGCACACGCACACCAGAGAGUGCAGCGAACACAAAACACAAAGUGCUGACUGAAGGGCAGGCAGACGCCGGGGCGAAGGACGGAGGAGUUAAGCAGACAAGUCACCAUACACAAGACCUGCCUGCCUGACAUCUGGGCCCAUGGCGAGCAAUAACACAGCCGGCAUCGCACAAGCCAGGAAGCUGGUGGAACAGCUGAAGAUGGAGGCCAAUAUUGACCGGAUAAAAGUGUCCAAAGCAGCGGCAGAUCUGAUGUCAUACUGCGAAGCCCACGCCAAAGAGGACCCGUUGUUGUCUCCGGUGCCGGCGUCAGAAAACCCGUUCCGGGAGAAGAAGUUCUUCUGUGCCAUCCUGUAAAGGCGACAUGGCCCUUCAGCAGUCUGCUCAUACUGGGACUUUGGACGUGGACGUUCAACAUGCGUAGGGAUCUUCAUAGCGGGAGGGGCAGGGAGCUAAGCGGCCGUCCCCCUGAGCCUGAGUGAGCCUGUGUGAGAGCCUGAGUCAGCCUGUGUGAGAGCCUGAGUCAGCCUGUGUGAGAGCGUGAGUGAGCGUGGGGUUGAGACCUGCAGAAUAACGCGAGACCGUUUCAAGGCUGUGGUGCUUUUUCGGAGUGUGUGCAGCAUGUUGAAGGGAUCUGAGCUUUUAGAUGACACACACACACACACAAACACACACAUACACACACACAGUUAGGUGGUGAGUGUGGCGGUAACCCAGAGAUGUGAUGAUGACCGAGUCAAUCUACCGACCAACAAUUCUUCAGGAUGUGAUGUGUACAAAAAAACAAAACGAAAAUAAAAAAUAUUCUGUGGUUCUUUUGGAACUUGCCAAAGUUCUGUUAAAUAGUUUGUUGGUGGGUCAACGCGUAGGAUAAGAGCCCGACCCCUGGUCAGUGGAACGGAUUUGUAUUUCAGGUGUUGUUUAUCUCAUGUUUAUUCGGUUCCACCUGUUAGGCCACUUAGAUAGAGUUGUGUAAGUGUCCGCGGCUACUGAAACAGCUCUGCUAACUUUAGCUUUUUCUUACUUUGACGGAUCAGUGAAAGCUUUUUUAACGGGAAGUUUGACAUGUUCAAUUCUGUGAUCUUCUUGACGAACCCCUUUUUGAAAACCAGUCUCCAUGUAUCAGCAUAUAUAUCUGGCAAAAACCAUAGUUUGUUUCCUUCGGAUAAACCCCCCCCCCCCCAACACCUUUCUACUGUUUGUACAACACGACUAGCAAAGUAAACUGUGCUGUGCUGUGACUUCUGGAUGUUUGUGUUUGUAUCAUUAACUAAUGCAUGAA